CAGCUUCAUUCCGCUUCCGGUUGGCGGAGCGCUGGGCUUCAGUAAAGUUGUCGCUGUCGUGGUCGCGAUGGGGAAGUCAGAUUUUCUUACCCCAAAGGCCAUCGCCAACAGGAUCAAAUCCAAGGGGCUUCAGAAGCUGCGCUGGUACUGCCAGAUGUGUCAGAAGCAGUGUCGGGACGAGAAUGGCUUCAAAUGUCACUGUAUGUCUGAAUCUCAUCAGAGACAACUCUUGCUCGCUUCCGAAAAUCCUCAGCAAUUUAUGGAUUAUUUUUCAGAGGAAUUCCGAAAUGACUUUCUAGAACUUCUCAGGAGACGCUUUGGCACUAAGAGAGUUCACAACAACAUCGUUUACAAUGAGUAUAUCAGCCACCGGGAGCACAUCCAUAUGAAUGCCACUCAGUGGGAGACUCUCACUGAUUUUACAAAGUGGCUGGGCAGAGAAGGUUUGUGCAAGGUGGAUGAGACCCCAAAGGGCUGGUAUAUUCAGUACAUAGACAGGGACCCAGAAACUAUCCGCCGGCAACUGGAACUAGAGAAAAAGAAGAAGCAGGACCUUGACGAUGAGGAAAAAACAGCCAAAUUUAUUCAGGAACAAGUGAGAAGAGGUCUGGAAGGGAAAGAACAGGAGGCCCCUAUUUUUACGGAAUUAAGCAGAGAAAAUGACGAAGAAAAAGUUACAUUCAAUUUGAAUAAAGGAGCAUGUAGUUCGGCAGCAACGUCUUCCAAAUCCAGUUCCUUGGGACCAAGCGCAUUGAGUACCAUCGGGAAUGCAGCAUCAGUUAAAAGGAAAGAAUCUUCCCGGAGCUCAGCUCAAUCAAAAGAAAAGAAAAAAAAGAAAUCUGCCCUCGACGAAAUCAUGGAGAUCGAAGAGGAGAAGAAAAGAACUGCCCGAACAGACCACUGGCUACAGCCUGAAAUCAUUGUGAAAAUUAUAACCAAGAAACUCGGAGAGAAAUACCAUAAGAAAAAGGGUGUUGUGAAGGAAGUAAUUGACAAAUACACAGCUGUUGUAAAGAUGAUUGACUCUGGAGACAAGCUGAAACUUGACCAGACUCAUUUAGAAACAGUAAUUCCAGCACCAGGAAAAAGAAUUCUCGUUUUAAAUGGAGGCUACAGAGGGAAUGAAGGCACCUUAGAAUCCAUCAAUGAGAAGACCUUCUCAGCUACUAUAGUCAUUGAAACUGGCCCUUUAAAAGGACGCAGAGUGGAAGGAAUUCAGUAUGAAGACAUUUCGAAACUUGCCUGAGUUUGAAAAUUUAUUAACACAUUAAAAUCCUAAAGCAUCAAAUUGGUGUUCACCAAGGCAUUACGAGACUCUACUGUGUUAGGGUGUUUCUUUUGUAUAAAGCAAAUGGGUUUAUUUAAAUAUUACUGUAUAGUUGUUCAGCUAAGCUUACAGAAAAAUCUAAUUAUGUCUCACGAAGUAUCAAAACAAUGUAAAUUUUGUUCUUGGUGUUUUUGUUGCCUUUAUAAUAUUUCCUUAAUGCUUUUUAAUCUUCAUUAAAAGACUGUUAUUGUAAAGUGUUUUAUAUAAGACUAUUUAGAAUCCUACAGUUAGAGGAAGUCCUUCAUAUACUCUCUAUUUUCUGUAGUAAGUUUGUAAAUUAUAAAUGUAAUGACAUUUUAAAAAGUCAGACUAUAAACAGAGUCACGGACAUACAUGGACGUCCUUGUCCGUGUCAUUGACAUGGAGUUCACACACCAUAUAAUUUCACCAAUUUAAAGUACACAAUUCAGUGGUUUUUCGUACAUCUCCAGAGUCGCGCGCCCAUGCUCACUAUUUACCUAGAGCACUGUCAUCGCCGGGAGUGCUUGCGGUCAUGCCUGUCCUCCCUCUCUCCCUAGCCCCCGGCCACCACCAGUCUACUUCCGGUCUCUGAUUUGCCUCUUCUGGGCACUUCCUGUCAGUGGAACCGUACAACAUGGGGUCUUCUCAUGACGAGCUUCUGUCAGGUCGCAUCGUGUUCUCAAGGUCCGUCCACAUUGGCAUGUGUCGAUGCUCCCUUCCCUUCUUGCUGAGCGGUAGUCCACUGUGUGGACAGGCCACGCUGUUAAAAUUCAUCAGUUGGUGGCCAUUUUGGCUGUUUCUGCUUUGGGGCUAUCUGGAGUCAUGGUGCUGCAGGAACAUUCAGGUAUAAGAUUUUCUGGGGAUGUACGUUUUCAGCGCCUAGGAAUGGAGUUGCUGAGUCUCACUGGAACUCGUCCAUGUUUGACAUUUUGAGGAACUGCUGGGCUGUUCAAAGUGGCUACACCGUUUUACAAUCCCAUUGACAAUGUUGAACUAUACAUUUUUAAGUAAUAGAGCAGUGGCUUGUUUAGGCAUGCAAAAGAUAGGAAAUCCAUCUCCUACUUGGGUUGUGAAAAAGAAAUCUUUAAAUAAAUGAAUAUAUCAUUCCCGGGACAAAAGGAGCAGGCCUUAGCUUCCUGUGGGGUUCAGAGUAUGGCCAACCUUAUCGGGGAUCCGUCUCUGUGUUGGCUCUGCUCUCAGCCCCUCGCACCAGCAAGGUGCCUGCCAGCGUCUCCCGCUUCACAUCUUCCCUUUCUCCCACAGUUCAAACACAAGACUGGAACGGAGUUUGAACUGGUCCACACUGGGACAGAUCACUCCAGAUGCAAGGGCUGGACUAGACUGAUCGGCCAGACUUGGGGUGUGUGCCAGCCCCGAGGCGAUCUCUCUUGGACUUAGCGUCAGGGAGAGGUGAGAACUUCUCUUGCCAGAAGCUGGGAGAACAUAUGCUGAUGAGCAGAAACAGAAGACACUGUGUAAGACGUAGUAAGAGGAUGAUGUCAGUAGCUUUGCCAACAUGAUUCUUCCAGGAGGAGUUCACGUGUUUCUGAACUAACUAGACAGCAUAGUCACAUGAAAAGGAACUGGGUUUUGGAGUUGAGCAGACUUGCAAUGAAAUUUUGGCUGUUCUUUUCACCAGCUGUGUAAUCUCAGAAAAGAUCGUGUUCUUGAGUUUCAAUGUUUUUAAUGUACGAAUUGUCAAAAGAGGUGUCUUUAGGGUUCUUGAGAGAACUAUAGAAAAUACAUAGAAAGUGUCGGACAUGGUGGUGUGCGGUGGUUCAGUAAAUGGAGCCACAUGUUUAUGGCCUGGCCUGGUAUUAAUCUGGCCCGAAGAAAUUUCAGGAGGAAGAAGGUUCUUUCCAAUAAUAAAAUGGUGAAUAAACCACAACAGAGUUCACAUUGCCUCCCCCAAAUCUCUGUUGGGAAUCACCUCCCUGGUUUUCUUCUUAGGAAAAAAGGUUUCCUCCCUCCCUCCCUCCCACAUUUUUAUUCUUUUCCCCAACAUCUUCCUGAAGUUAUUUUCAGAAUAAACUCAAGUGGCAUCAUGGAGGUGACUUUUAACUUUAAAAACCUGAAGCACAAAAAUACGAUUCUAAGCGACAGGACAUGUUUUCCUGUAAGUUCUUAGAGCCCAGUAGUGGUUACAUUACACAAAGUGACUGCAGACACCUAAAAGCAAGUUUUAUAUGGACUUUCUUUUCCAAUUAUGGCAAGCUAUUUUUCUUUACAUAGACUUUGGUGGGGGGCAGUUUUAAGUUCACAGGAAAAUUGAACAGAAGGUACGGAGAUCUCACACCUAUCCCCGUCCCCACACAUGCACAGCCUGCUCACUAUCCACGAGCCCCACCAAAGUAUCACAUUUGUUGUAAUGAACCCAUGAGAACGACUGACUCUUUGUCAUUGUCCAAAGUGUACAGUCUAUAUUAGGGUCACUAUUGGUAUCUCAUAUUCUACAGGUUUGGACAAAAUGAUCAUGAAAUGUAUUCACCAUUACAGUAUCAUACAGAACAGUCUGACCAGCCUAAAAAUAUCCUCUGUGUUUUGCCUAUUCAUCCCUCUGUCCCUGCAGUUCAACCCUUGGUAACCGCCGGUUUGUUGGUUAGUUAGUUGGUUGGUUUUUUGCUGUCUCCAUAGUUUUGCCUUCUCCAUAAUGUCGUAUACUUGGAAUCGUACAGUAUGGAACCUUUUCAGAUUGGCUUCCUUCACUUAAAAAUGUGCACGGAAGGUUUCUCCGUGUCUCUCUGUGGCUUGACAGCUCAUUUCCUUUCAGCGCUGAGUAAUAUUUCUUUUUCUGGACGUACCACUGUCUACCCACUCCCCUCCUGAAGGACAUCUUGGUUGCUUCUAGAGUCUGUCAAUUAUAAAUAAAUCUGCUAUAAACAUCCAGGCAUAGUUUUUACCUGGACGUGUUCUCUGCUCGGGGUAAACACCAAGGAGCAUAAUGGUAGGGUCCUAUGGUAAGAGUAUGUUUAGUUUUCUAAGAAAUUGCCAAACUGUCCUCUGAAGUGGCUGCACCAUUUUACAACCCUACAAGCAAUGGUUGAGAGCUCCUCUUGCUCCACAUCCUCACCAACAUUUGGUGUUGUCAGUGUUUUGAUUUUUGGCCAUUCUGAUGGACAUGUAGUGGUAUCUCAUUGUUACUUUAAUUUAAAAUCUCCUAGUGACGUAUGACAUUGAGCAUCUUUUCAUGUGCUUUUUUGCCAUCUUUGUUUCUUUGGUGAGGUGUCUGCUUAAGUCUUUUGCCCAUUUUUUUUUUAAUUGGGCUGUUCAUUUUCUUAUUAUGGAGUUUUAAGAGUUCUUUGCAUAUUUUGGGUAAUAAUCCUUUAUCAGAUACAUCUUUUGCAAAUAUUUUCUCCCAGUAUGUGGCUUUUCCUCUCAUUUGUUAGAAAGUUAUUUUUCAUCAUCCCAUUUGAGGUCAUAUCAAGUUAUUGCUAAUAGUGUCUUGGGAAACCAGAUUUCCUGGGUUUUCUUCGUUGGGAAUGCCAUUGGGUCCUAUUGCCUUUUUUGCUGCUUUUCCCCCCAUGUGCUCCUGUCUAUCCAUUUUUGCUGUCAUGCUUGAGUGAACUCAUUCACAAACAAUUACUGAGUGCCUCUGGUAAGUAAGCCAUUGCAGUAGGUACUGAAGAUUUAGGUGUGAGAAGCAGGUAUAGACCCAGGAUGUGUGUUGUAUAGGAAUUGACAAUGUUCAGUGAACUGAUAUUCAAAUGAAAUGAUUAGCCAAUAGAGAGAAACUUGAUAAUCUGGGGCAGCUGCUUAAAAAUUCUAUCCUAAUCUCAGUAAGAGAUAACAUCAACUGAUACCAAGAUAUACCUCAGUUCCUUCUUUGCUAAAACAGUAUCACAGGAUUAGAAUAUGAAUCAGCCUUGAUUUUUAGGUUGGUUAUAGGAUUGAAGUGCCCCCAGAAAUGUUAAGGGGAUAACUGAAUCAUUACACUGUUAAAAGGAAACAUCCUUGAUUUUUCUUUAUCCUACCUGGAGAUCCCAGAAAAAAGUCACCCCUGUAGACUAGGCCAGUGUGAAAAGGUGUUAAAAAUAAUAAUACUAAAUUCUUACAGAUUUUUAUGUAUACAGCACCCAUGAGCAAUAGUUAAGCAUUUUCAUAUAUUCAGGCAGCUGGGUAACUUUUACUUUGAUCUUAUAGGAUCUCUGGGGUGACUUACAUCUUUCAGUUGGGAUGAGGCUGAAGAGAAAAUGCCACUUUUUAUGGUAUUAAAUGAUCCUGUAAAGCACGUAGAGUGAGUUGCCUACGAUCUUGCACCAGUAGGUACUAAAAUAACUCCUGAUUCAUAGUUCAUUUUUACUACACAUUGAGAGAAUCUUCAAUUUACUUUUUUUCCCAUUAUUUUCUUGGAUUGCCAACUCUUUGAAAAUGUCUUUAAUUUUCAGUAAUUUAAAAACACAAGCAAACAUAAACUUACGACAGAGGUGCGAUCUGAGCCAAGGGGCUGGUUUUUUUUUCAAACAUGGGCUCUCGUUUCCUUGACAAUCAGACGUAUAUAUAUUUGUGUGGUUUAAUAGAAACCACUUAGGUUGAUACUUACGAACGCUUUGAAGCUUGGCUACGAAGUCCUACAGAUGCUUAAUACAUAUGACAGAGAGCAGCCCUGUGAUACCCAGCUGAGGUGUCAGUGGAAUGCCGCUACUCUAUCCAAAAUUAAAUACUGAUCCAUUCCCAGUGGGUUGCAAAGUGCUCCAGAGAAUAAGCAAACGUAAUACAGGGACUUGUCAGGUUUUUUCCUUUAUUGCUGAAAGUAUAAUACUUUCAGAAACUAAUCAAGAGAUAGACAGUGGAAGAGUUUCUUCCUUUCAUUUGAAAUUCAAAACUGAGCAUUCAUUCAUAACUCUAAUUAUAUAGAGAAGGCAUAUUACAGGUCUCAGUGGGGACCCGUGGACAGUAUGAGUACAAGUUUAAUUUUAUUGUUCAACACACCAGCUAUUAAUAAAGGUUUUGAUAAUUUGAGUAACAUG